AAACCCUCAAACUCAACCCAAUACUUACCAUUAACUUCAACACUUUUGCUGCUCUUAUUCUUUUCAUCAUCACAAUUAACAGAAUGGUUGUCGCUUCUCCAGCUCCUCUGCGAACCAAAAAAGCUCGCCCCGCUGGGAUUCCUGUCAUAGAUCUCAGUCUCGAGAGGUCAAAGCUCUGUGAAUUGCUGGUUAAAGCAUGCCAAGAAUUCGGGGUUUUCCAGGUGGAGAAUCAUGGAGUUUCAAGAGAAAUUAUCUCCAGAGUUGAAAGGCAAGGGCAGGAGUUUUUCUCAAAGCCUGCAUGCCAGAAGCAACGGGCCGGGCCUGCCGCUCCCUUUGGCUAUGGCAGCAAGAACAUCGGGUUUAAUGGAGAUAAAGGAGAGCUGGAGUAUAUUAUCCUGGAAGCUAAUCCUCAUUCCAUUUCUGAGAGAUCCAAAUCUAUCUCCCCCCAUCCUGCAAACUUCAGCUGUGCCGUGAAUGAUUAUAUAGACGCCGUCAGAAACCUGGCAUGUGAUAUUCUUGAGAUGUUGGCUCAAGGGCUAUGGGUCCAAGAUAAAUCCAUUUUUAGCAACCUCAUCCGAGAUCCAAAUAGCGACUCAUGCUUCAGGAUUAAUCACUAUCCUUCACUACUCAAUGUUGCUCAUCAUGACGAUGAUUGGAUUAACCCCACCCCUUCAUCCCAAUUGUUUGAUCAUAAUCAUCCCAAAACUCGAAUUGGUUUUGGAGAACAUUCAGACCCUCAGAUUCUCACAAUCUUGCGAUCCAACAAUGUUGGUGGCCUUCAGAUCUUGUCCCCAGAUGGACUAUGGGUUCCUAUUCAGCCCGACUCAGAUAAAUUUUGUGUAUUUGUAGGUGAUGCCUUUCAGGCUAUGAGUAAUGGAAGAUUUAUGAGCGUGAGACAUAGGGCGGUAGCAAACUCGGUGAAAGCAAGAAUGUCAAUGAUGUAUUUUGCAGCUCCAGCCCCAAAUGCAAGCAUAUCUCCCAUACCACAAAUGGUGUCGUGUGAAAAUCCAAGUCUCUACCGGCCUUUCACCUGGGCAGAGUACAAGGCCACCGCAUAUUCCUUAAGAUUGGCUGAUAAUCGUCUCGAUCUCUUUAGAAACUAGUUCACCAUCCAUCCGGAGUAAUUAACUAGUUUGAUGUAUGUUUAAUUAAUGUUUGGCCAUUAAUUAAUUGGCAUGGAUUAGGAGUAGGGCCCAGCUAGGUAGGUUGUACGUACGUAGUUGCACAUGUAAAUGUUGCAUACAUGUUAAUUUAAAGAAAAGAAAAGUCAAGAAUGUGCAUGUACUGCUCAUAAUAGAUAUGCAUAGGUUAGUUGAAGGGCAAAGUUUUGAUGUGAGUGCUGCCCUCGUCUUCUUCAAUUGGCAUGCAGAUAAAUGAUCAAUCUAAAAUUCUUUGGCAACUGUCAAAUUACUCUACUUUGAUUA